AUGCGCGAUACGUGUGCAUUCGUGGUGUUCGCCUGCCUCGGUGUGAUAGCAUCUCCAACGACAAUGGCCAGCACACAGAACCCGAUGCCAACUUUCAGAGUGCGGAAGGGGCCGCCCAAUUCUUUGAUGAGGAAGUCUAUCCCGAUAAGUGCAGACGGCCACGUCCAAGUGCAAGCGGUUGAAGUCCCCUCUUUUUUGCAAGGCUGGGGAUCUUUGGGCACCAGCAGUAAGCUUGGGACGUUGUGUCGGCGAAUUUCCACUCAGGCGGGUUUGGGUGCUGCCACCUCGGUCCUGACCUCGUCUGCAACGAAAAAGACUUUUGCAGACUCGCUGACAGUAUUCUACCACAUCUUCCAGUCGGAUGCCUCUGGAGGCGAGGUGCUGUCGGCCUCCAUCGUCAGAGAGCAGCUCUCGGUGGCGACGUCAUCUACCGGCUUUGGCGCAGUCCAGAGGUUCAAUUUCAUUUUCGUGGGCCCCGACCAUAGCGCCGUCCCGGCGCUGCUCAACUGUUCUACAUGCCAGCAGCUCGAACACAGAGCGGCCGGGGACGAGGUGAUCACGUUGCAGCACGUCCACGACCAUUGCGUGCAGAAUCCAACUGGGCGUGUGCUGUAUAUGCACAGCAAGGGGUCCUUUCACAACACGCCAGAGAACGUGGUCUUCAGGCGCUUCAUCACCAAGGGGGCAUGGUCCGACGCGUGCCAGACCAUGCCCCAGUCGUGCAGCGCGUGCGCCUCUCGCUUCAGCCCCCUGCCACACCAACACUACCCUGGGAACAUAUGGGUGGCCAGAUGCGAGUACGUCUCCCGCCUAAUCCCACCAGUGAAGAUGGUGGCGGCCAUGGAGCAGGUGGCGACCACGGCAGGGGCUGCGCAAUGGAACGACAUGCUCAACAGACCAGACAUGGUCGGGCGCGGCCGAUUCUCCAUGGAGCAUUGGUUGAGCUCCCACCCGAGCUUUGCCCCAUGCGAAGUGUACGACAGGACCGACUAUCUCUGGGGGGAGUCGACGACGCAGAUCCCUCAGAAUUGGAAGUCUUCUGGAGGAUCGACGGACUGGACACCAGAGGUGCGGACGUUCCCAAGGUCAGAGACUAAGCUGAGCGGGUUCUGCCAAGCGGGACUCGACCUGGAUUUGGAUAAGGUCAAGGCGUGGCGGAUUUUCGAGUGGCAGCACUUGUACCCCACUGUUGCUCUGCAGUCGUCCCCCCUCCCGGCCUACUUCAAUGCGAGCGCCGGCGGCAAUUGCAAGCAGCUCGGGCGGUGA